UUACUUUGCAAUCCGACGAGUGCAAUACUGUCAGCGAGAGAGAGAGAUAUGUUGAAUCGGGCUGUGUUGUUUUGGCUCGCGGGCCUGACAGUUUCAUCUUUACAAUUGGUCUCUGCUGGUGAGGAGCACCACCAUCAUCAUGGUAGCCAUGAACGCCACUCGGAUCAUAGCGCUCCCCCAGCUCCUGGGCCGUUAGAUACCCUCCCGUACUAUUUUGCGCAUCCCGAUCAUAAGGGACUGUUAUAUGGUCAUGUUGCUCUUAUGAGCGUCGGUUGGAUCGUCGUCUUGCCCAUAGCCGUUGUCCUCGCAAUCGCAGGCUCAAGAUACCACCUCCCAACCCAAUUACUUUUCCUCAUAAUCCACGGUUCUGGCCUAUUCCUCUCAAUCCUCUACAAUAGUGCUACCCCAGAUCUAUAUCCCAACAACUCACAUCACAAGCUCGGAUGGGCCAUCGUCUGGAUAUUAGCUACGCAGUCCAUCCUGGGGGUCUUAGGAAGGACGAUCCGGUUCGCACUCUGUGCCGGGAAUCUCGGUGGUACAAGGGAAGAGACCUCCGGGUUUAUCCCGGUGCCGGCGCAGGAUCCUGAGGAUCAUCAUCAUCACCGUACAUUUCAGCGCCAUUCUACUGAUAGUGGGCAGGGCUCGGAUGAAUAUCGUUCUCGAUCUCCAUCUACCUCAUCUUUGGAAAACCGUCGUUAUGGGAAUUUCGAGGGUGUGGAUUUGCCGCUUGCAGAGGGGCGUGCCAACGGGAAAGUGACGUUGGUGGAGCGCUUGACGAGUACUAGUUGGCUUGAGUCGUUCCUGUCGCGGCACUUGCCGUAUUUGCUCGGGCUCAGGGUUUUGCGAAUAAGCGACGCUUUGUAUUCGCUUAUCGCUAGGUUUUUAGUUGUCUUAGGGUUCGUCCAGAUAUCACUCGGUAUCGUGACGGCAAGUGGAAUAUUCAUGGAAAGUCGAGUAUUCAAUGGACUUGCGCAUUUCAUAAAAGGCGGAAUAUUUUUCCUCUAUGGCGUUUUAACACUCGGGCGCUGGCUUGGUGCUUUUAGCGAGCUUGGAUGGGCCUGGAACGUCAAGCCACCUCAGGACUAUGGCGGCAAGUGGAGGUCUAGAAUACCCUCAGCUGAAAUGAUCGAAUGCACCGUAAUCUUUACCUACGGAGCUUCGAACGUAUUCCUCGAGCAUCUUGCUGGGCGGGGUGGCGCUUGGUCGCACGGAGACUUAGAGCACGUCUCGAUCGCUUUUAUGUUCUUUGGAGCUGGCCUUUGCGGUAUGCUUGUGGAAUCGCAGUGGAUAAGGAAUGUCUUAAACCAGAGCAUCAUUACUCAAAUCGGUGAAAUUAGAGGACCCUACAAACCUGGGGCCCCACGACAACCGAAUACUACGGAUCACAAGAUGUCACUGAACCCUCUCCCGGCACUUGUGAUAUUCUGCCUUGGGGUAAUGAUGAGCCAGCACCACCAAUCCUCAGCACUGUCAACCAAGAUCCACGCUCAAUGGGGAGCUCUUUUAGCCACGUUUGGCGUGUUCAGGCUUUUCACUUACGUUCUGCUGUAUCUGUCACCCUUGACCUCUUACUAUCCAUCCAGGCCCCCAACUGAAACCAUCGGGUCGUUUUGCCUCAUGGCAGGUGGGCUUGUGUUUAUGGCAAGUAACAAAGAUACAGUUGCAGCACUAGAGCGAGCGAAUGGGGACGCAAUGUUCGUCCUCACGGUGAUUAUUGGAUCUACCGUUUUGAUCAUGAGUUGGAUAACUUGUGUAAUGGCAAUAAAGGGGUGGGCGCUUCGAAAAGAGCAGCAGCAGCGCGCAUGAGCCUACAACACACGUACCUGCUUGAGACGCGGGAUUUGUGGGAGUGGCGGUGUGCUAGCUACUGUAGCUAACAUGACCUUUUUUGUGACGGGGGAUUCUUUUUCCCACAUGGUUUCACGUUGUUCCGGGUCCGGCUCUAGCCCGGUUGUGGGUGUUACUUUUUUGGUCGCACAGGUCUUAAAUUACAGUGCUUUUACUUGGAUUUCAAUCUUCCUCUUUUCCUGCAUACUGGUACGACAUACCCUGUUACUCUUUUCAUCCACUCACUCAUUAGUAUCGGGGGACGUUCUUUUCGUCAGACGAGAGAGGAGAGAUUAUCUUAAUAGUACUUAUGAUUUAAUUA